GAGAAGAAGCUGAAGCUCCCCAUUCGUAGAUCUAGUAAGGUCUCCUUCAUGGCUUCUCCGAUCUCCAAACCCUAGAUCCGAUCUCCGAUCGAAACCCUAGCUCCCGAUCUCCUCCCAUGGCGUGCCUGGCUCUCGCCAUCCAGCCCGCCAAUGGCGCCAACAUCCUCCUCCAGACCCGCGAGUGGUUCCCUCCCGCCCGCGCCCUUGCCGCCCUCUCCUCCUUCCGUCAGACCCGCCUUUCCUUCUCCUCCUCCUCCUCCUCCUCCUCCUCCUCCGCCGCUGCUGGGUCGAAGUCGGACGACCUCGAUCCUGCCUCCGCUGCCCUCGGCGAUGACCCCCUUGCUGCCUCGUCCGGUCAAGUCGUCGUCGGCGUUGAAUCUCGUUAUCUCGUUGUCUACCGCCUCGUGAACUCCAUCUACGUCCUCGGCGUCACCACUCCGGACACUCCCGACGUCUUCUCUUGCGUUGAUGCGGUUAAUCAGUCCGUCGCCGUCGUCGUCGCCGCCUGCCGUGGCGUCGACGCCACUGCUGAAAAGCUCCAUCGGAAGUACCCCGAGGUCUACAUGGCCCUUGACAUUGUCCUCCGUGGCGUUGGCGCUGCCCGCCUCGCCGCCAUCCUCUCGUCCAUGCACUCCGAUAACAUCGCCAAGCUCGUCUCGUCGGCUAUUGAUACUGAAGCUCGCGUCCGCGGUGCCGAUCCCUGGGCUGGACCUCAUGAGGCUCUGUCACUUGAGCGCCGUGCAGCCCUCCAGACUUUCUCCUCUGUCUUCUUUGAGCUCCCGGCUGAAACCCUCGCUGCUGGCGAUGAGGCCGCCGCUGCAUCUCUUCCCCCCGCUGCGCCACCCACUGAUGAUCCUUCAAAGCCCUCAGAGGAAACUCCAGAAGAUCAACAACCGAAAGAUCCCUUCGCUGCAAGUGAAAAGAUCAACAAACCCGAAGAAGCCCUCGUUGGAGCUUUCAAGAAGAGCAAGGAUGGCGUUUCUCUCGUCUCUGAUCCAUCGGCAGCACUUGCUGGCCUAGAGGUCAGUUCUCUUCCUCCACCUGCUGCCACGAAACCUACUUUCAUUGGAGUUGAAGGUUUUGAAGGGGAGUAUGGUGGGAUUGAAUUUGGCAACGAGGAGGCCUCCCUCUCUGAAGCUUUUGAAGGAUUUGACAACGCCUUUGGUGGUGGUCUCGAUGCCUCAGAGUUCGUCAACACCACAAAGAAGGCACCCAAGGGGCCAGGGCUUGGUGGUCUCGAGCUCCUUGCUACCAGCCCGAGUCCCGCCACUGCCUCCAAAGGAGAUGAGAAAACGCCUCUGGAGAACCUAUUGGUGAGCAAGACACAAGCAAUGACUGGUCCUGAGUUGUACAUUGCUGAAGAGAUCAAUGCUGAGUUCCAGGAAUCAUUGUUAUCACGAGUAGGCCUCAAAGGUACCAUCUUUUUGAGGACAUUGCCUCCUAAGCAAGCUGCAGGGAAGGAGACAGAGUUUUCGUUCCGGUUGGAGAAUACUUCUGGGAUCCAGAGGGCUGUCAUGCAAACCUCUUGUGUUAGUAGUCUAGAGAACGGCAUGUUCCACGUUAGGACACCAUCAAAGGAGGAGCCCAUUCCGAUCAUGAAGUAUAGUUUGCAACCUAGAUUCACUCCACUGCCCCUGCGGCUUCGGCUUAUUAAGCGGCACAUCGGGACUUUGCUUUCCGUGAUGAUUCAGUAUGCAUCCAAUCCAGCAUUGCUGAUGCCACUGAACAAUGUGACUUUCAUUCUUAAGCUGCCUGUUGAUCCAACACUGUUAAAGGUCACACCAAAAGCUGUACUUAAUCGGGCAACGAGGGAGCUAAGAUGGCAUGUCCCUGAUGUGCCUUUGAAGGGCCUUGCAGGCAAGCUUCGAGCAAGAAUGCCCGUUGAUCAGGAUUCAGAAGAGGGAGGUGAAUUGGAAGUUAUUGGGAUGGUGAAGUUCUCAGCACAGAGUUCUACCACAUUAUCUGGGAUAUGCUUGCGGCCUGUUUCAGAAGGUAUUGCACAGUUUAAUGAGGUCAGCCAUAGGUAUGAGAGCGGGAGUUAUACAUGUAUUUGAUUGGUUUACUGAUUUUUAUGUGUGCAUGCUUUAAAAAUGAGUUUUUUUUUACCACUGUCAUAAUUCAGAUUGGAUUUGAUAAAAGCUUACAUGAAUGUUUCUUUUGAUGCUA